AUGCUGGAGGUGCAAGUGAAGGCUACCGAGGACGCGGUGGGACCAGCAUCUCGGCACGAAAUCCAGCUCGGCUCCGCCAAGGACAGAGCGGCUAGGCUAAAGAUCGAGAGGGCCGCCGUCCGGGAGGAGCUUGCCAAGGCCGGUGAGGACAAUGCUGCCAAGGCCGCAGAGCUCGUGAAGCUGGCGGGAGGUGUCACCAUGUCUGAUUCUACCCGCUCCAGCAAUGACUCUGACAGAGAAGAACGGUACCAGUUUGACUCAACGCCUGAGCCCUCACCGCCGAUUUCUCCCAGAGUAAACAUUGAAGACUCAGAUGAAGAAAUUGAAGACCCUGUGCCUUUGAGAGUGACACCCUCUCCUGGUGUGCGCCUGAAGUAUGCCAUCAACUCCCCACGGCCUGAUGAAGUAUUGCCCAGUCGUGGAAAGAAAGUGGCGUCCAAGCCCAAGGCAGAGAAGAAGGAGAAGGUGAAGAAGUUCAAGGACGUGCCUGCUCCCACUGCUGAAGAAAUCCUUGUCUUCUAUUCUUCAGAAGAAGAUGUGGAAGAGGAGACUAGAAUGAAGAGAAAGCACCGCCUCCAGCACAUACUCCACAAGCACUCUAGUGUGUUAGCCGCUGAGAUUCGGAGAAGAACGAAGGAAGCGGAGAGUGCCAACCUAGCAUCCAGGAUCAGAGGUUCUUCACUGUCUCCUCUUGCGCCUCGCAACAAGCCCAGUGAAGACUCCAAAGGCAAGGACAAGGUGCCUGAGAAGAGGAAAGCCGCUGAAGACGCAGAGAAACAGUUCAAGAAGGAUCUGAAGAAAGCUAGGAAAGCCUCUGCUGUUGGACCCGGUUCCUCAUCCAAGGAUGCUGCUGCUGCUACUGCUGCCGCCAUGGCCUCUGGAGAAAUUCCAUAUCCUCCUCAAGUUGUUCACAUUGAUCCAGUUCUGCUUGCUGCUUUCAAUGAAGGAACGCUCCCGGAUUCUCUCAUGAGUCAUGUUGAAGGCCUGAUUGUUGCCAAGAAUCGGGCUGAAGAAUGGGAGCAGAACCGCAGUUUGCGUGUUGCCAAGCGGUUAGAAGAAGAAGACCAUGCUGAGAAGGAACGUGUUGAGAAGGAGAAGGAAAAGAAAGAAAAGGAACUUGCAUUGAAAACUCAACCUGAGCUUGAGAAGAAGAAGAACAAAGCUUUGCUCGCUGAGCAGAUGAAACAAGCAGCCAAAAGCCUGAUGGCUGAUAAGGCUAAGAGUGAAGCAAGGAAGAAAGCCGCCGAGAAAACGCCUGAAGUACAGGGCGGAAAUGAAGAAGUUGAUCGGGAGAAGACAGAAUAUGAGAAGACGAGGGAUGCAGCUCGUGAGACCAGUCGUGAGAUCGGCCUCAAGGCUAGACAUGAUUCAGCUGUCCCCUCUGACACUAAAGAAAGUCAGGAUUUACCUCAGACCGUCCUGUCAAAGAAGAUCACUAUGACUCGUCAGGCGUCUCAGAUCGCUGAAGUAAAGAAGACUGCCAAAGAGUUUGGUUUGAAGAUCAAAGUUCCUGCCGGAAGAAGUUCCUCCACUUCAUCAUCUGCGGCAGUUCCUCUGAAGAAAGCUAUUCACACACUUGUGCCAGAUACAUCAACAGUCAAGCUUACUUCACUUGCUGAGGAACAGGAACAAGCUGCUUCAUCCCCCACAGUACUGUCUGAGCACACCACUCAACAGGAAGAAGGUGAUGAGGUGCUGGGGAAGAACCAAGAAGACAUCACCCGUCCUGAGGAACCCCCCACCAGUAGCUCGUUGCCUCGCACUGAAUCAGUGGAUGCCUCUGCUGAAGAAGGAAGAACCUGUGACUUCGAAGCUGAAGCCAGUGAUUUGCAUGCCAAUGACGCAGAAACUGAUGCAGAUGCCCCAGUGCCAACGCCGGAAGUUCGUGUGAAGAAAGUGGUUAAGAAGAAGUUUGUUGCCCCGUCUGACCCGUUAGACCCGUCCGACCCAAAUUCCUCAAACAACCGCGAGCUGUUGUCUCCCAAGCCAAAGAUGCCUAUAUCCUCUGACCGAGAGAAGGUUUACUUCAAGACCCUGAAGAACGCUGAGCUUCACCUCAUGAGGCUGGAGAAUGGGCUGAAGUACAAGGAGGAGACAUCAGCUAAAGACCGGAGGUUUUGGUCUUUUGAGCUGCAGGACUACUAUGCGCAGAUUCUUCUGCCACGGACCCACUUUGCCAAGAUGAAGUACAUCAAUGAUGAAUGGUUCGCCAUCAAUCGUCAGAGUGGUGUCAUGACUGCUGCGAAUGCUCUUAAUAAUAUGCAUCUGCUCAAGUUUGUUCAGACCUGCCAGAAUUGGAAUGAUGAGCUGAUUCUUCAGUUCUAUGCUACUUUCGGCAGAAAGGUCUGCAGAUUUGAAGACAACUCAAAGGGAUACAACAUCUACUAG